AUGUCAAUCAAAGUUUGCAUUCACGUGGUCAACAAGUGGUUAAGUUUGGUUUAAACAAAGUACAAAAUCGUAAUUGCACUUAAAAGUUAUCUGUAACAUAACGUAACACUAACUAUGGAUUUCGCCAAACAAUUAGAAGAAUUAGCUAUAAACCUAUUCAAAAUUGACGCCGUUAAAUUCGGCGAGUUUACCACCAAAAGUGGUAUGAAGACGCCUGUUUAUUUUGAUUUAAGGGUUAUAGUUAGCUAUCCCGCUAUAAUGGAAUCAAUAUCCAAUCUAUUGUAUUCAAGUUCAUUGAUAAGUCUUGAAUAUGACCAUUUAUGCGGAGUUCCAUACACCGCUUUACCGAUCGCAACAUUGCUUAGUGUGAAAGCCAAUAAAUCUAUGCUAAUGAGACGAAAAGAAGCAAAAUCUUAUGGAACCAAGAAACUUAUUGAAGGUCAUUUUUCAAAAAAUCAGAAAUGCUGUAUAGUUGAAGAUGUGGUAACAUCAGGUUCUAGUGUGCUAGAGACAGUUAAUGAUUUAAGGAAAGAAGGUUUAGUUGUUGAGGAGGCUGUCAUUAUUCUGGACAGAGAACAAGGUGGUAAACAAAAUCUAGAAAAAAACAAAGUUAAAAUCAUGUCUCUUUUAACAAUGUCUGAAUUGAUUAAGAUUUUGGUUGAUAAUAAUUGUAUCACUAAAGAGAUUGGAGUUGAAGUUACAAAUUACCUGAACAGUACCAAAGCACCAUCUGUAAAGUUGUCUGAAGAGACUGCUGCAACGAGAUUGAAUAUGCCAUAUGAAAAAAGAGCAGAUGCAACAAAGAAUCCUAUAGCAAAACAGUUGUUCAACAUAAUGGCAACUAAAAAAACAAAUUUAUGUAUCUCAGUUGAUUUGACAUCAUCAAUACAGAUUUUGAAUCUUUUAGAAAAAGUCGGAGAACAUGUGUGUUUAGUGAAAACACAUGUAGACAUAAUUGAAGAUUUCAACUCUGAUUUUGUAGAAAAAUUAAAGCAACUGGCAACAAAAUUUAAUUUUCUUCUACUGGAAGAUAGAAAAUUUGCUGAUAUUGGCAACACUGUUUCACUUCAGUACUCAAAAGGGGUCUACAAAAUAAGUGAAUGGGCGGACUGUGUUACUGUACAUUCUUUACCCGGAGAGGGAAUUUUAAAGGCACUAAAUAGUGCCAGCACAGAUAAAAGUAAAGGUGUUUUUCUUCUGGCAGAAAUGAGCAGUGAGGGCAACCUCAUUACAACAGACUAUACAAAGUCAACUGUGAAUAUGGCAGAGAAGUAUCCACAGUUAAUGACUGGAUUUGUUUGUCAGAAUGCAGUUACUUUUGACAACCCUGGACUAAUACAGUUAACACCUGGUGUUCAACUUGAAAAACCUAAAGAUAAUCUCGGCCAAGUGUACAAUACACCUGAGAAAGUUAUUGAAAAUGGAGCUGAUGUGGUUGUAGUAGGUCGUGGUAUAGUGGCAUCCAAAAAUCCAGAAACAGAAGCAGUUCUUUAUAAAAAGAUUUUAUGGAAAAGUUAUUCAAAGAGAAUUUUGGGCAAAAUGGAGUAAUUAUGGCCUUCGAAAUUUUUAAUUCAAGACAGACAGAAGAAGAAAAACAUUCACACAAAAAUAAAGAUAAUGCUGUAGCAGUUAAAUUCUUAACUAAUUAUGAUGUAGUAAGUUCUUGAUUGACCAAGAAAAUAAAAUAACACAAAAUGACACACAAAGAUAACAAAAAAAAAGGAAAUAACUUUUCAAAAAGUCCAAAAAUCAUAUAAUUUUCAACAGCAACAUGAAGAGAAUACAUUACACAAAUAU